GAAUCGUAAUAGAAAAAGAUAUAAACCAAGCUGGAGAAUAUUAUUAUAAAGCAGCAUAUUGGUAUGAGAAAGGAAGUGGAGUUACGGAGGACGAGCAAAAGGUCUUUAAACUUUACAGGAAAGCUGCAGAUAUGGACCAUGUUAAAGGAUCAUUGAAG